UAUCUGAUAGAAGCUCAGCAGGUGGCAGUAGAGAGCAACCAAUGGAUUUGAAGAGCCUGAGGACCAGCAGAUGGCAGCAGAGAGCAGUUCUACGUAGCCAAGCCCAGACACAGGGCAGGUAGAAGAGUUGCCCACCCACUCAGAAGGGAUGAUGUGACUCCCUACAGAGAGGAGCAUAAUGCUAUCCUUAGGGGAUAAUGCUGCAAUCACAGAAUAAAAGAUGCUUCAAUGAAGUUCAUUUAUGUGCAGAAUGAUCAGCUUCUGGCCGGAAGAGUGCAAGCAGGAAAAGUUAUUGAUGGUGAAGAGAUAAACGUGGUCCCCAAUAGGUCACUGGAUGCCAAUCAGUCUCCUAUUAUCCUGGGCAUUGAAAGAGGAUCCCAGUGUCUAUCAGUUGGGAUGGCUCAGCAGCCUAUUCUUCAGAUAGAGCAUAAGAACAUCAUGGACCUUUAUCGCAGCAAGGAAGAAUCCAAGAACUUUACCUUCUAUAUGCAUGACACUGGACUUACCUCUAGAUUAGAGUCAGCCAUCUACCCAGGUUGGUUCCUCUGUACUCUUCAUCAGGAGAACCAGCCUGUCACCCUCACCAACCACCCCGAGAACUCUGAAUCUGUCAUAGUUGACUUCUAUUUCAAGCGGUGUGUCUAAGAUUUAGCUUCCCCUAGCAACCCAUUGGAGGGAUGGCUCAGCCUAGCAUCUGGCUUUUAGCUUCUCUCUUCCUCGGAUGAUAGAAUUUGAGUCAGCAAAGGACCUCAGCAGCCAUCACUGAAUCUAGAAUCAGGAAGAUCUGAGAUUGAAUGUGGCCUCAGAUACUUACUAGUUGUGUGACCUAGACAAGUCACUGAACCUCUGUUUGCCUCAGUUUCCUCAUCUGUAAAAUGGGAACGAUAUUAGCACCUAGCUUC